CCUUCGAGUUGCUGGGUCGCUUGGUCACGUUGCUGACGUUGCUGACACGGCUGCGUGCGUGUCGCUGGUUCCCGUGGAGCGUUUGCGGGCGGUAUCAGCAACAAACAGCAGUGAUGUGAGGCAAAAUAUCGUAGACGGAAAUGCGCAGUUAGGCACGUUGACGUGCUCUAGACGUGCUACGUAAGACUACUCAAGCACAAGUUGUUGAGUAUUUCGGCAUUUGCGCUUUGACAUGAUGAAACAGUUUCCUUGGACCGCAGCCGCGACGAAAGCGCUGAUCCUGUUUUUUCGUGACCAUGAGAACUUGUACAAUCCGGAACACAAAAUGUACAAGAACCGAAUGAUUCGUGACAAGCAUUUGGGAACCAUUUCUGCAAUAAUUGGUUGCACGCCCGAGGAAGCGAAAGCGCGGUUUCGAAACCUGAGGACGUACUUCUUCCGCGAAAACCAGAAAGUGAACGCUUCGAAAUCUUCUGCAGCCGGUGCCGCUAGCGGCGAGACUUACUGCUCCCAGUGGGAGUUUUUCGAAGACCUGACGUUCCUGCGCAGUUGCCACCACCCUCGCAGUCACGCUGCCACUGGGCCGAACAACCUUCCCCAAGGGGUCGACGAAACUGAUCCCAUAAUGGUAACGGACGAAGCCAGUAACGAGGCUGACGCCGUCGCUGAAGCUGGCGACGGCAGUGGAGAACCCGGAGUUCCGCCGGAAGACGACGACGCGUAUGACGGCGAGAGUAGUCACGCUGCCGAAGUUUUAGCCGUUCUGUCGCAGGAGCCGCCCCUGAAGAAGUGGAGGAGGCAGUUUGAGGUGGCGGACCACUUCAGAAGAGAGGACCGGGAACCUCCUCAAUCGGCGCCCUGUCGGCAGGCCUCGACGAGCGACGGCCCCAAGGACGAAAAUUACUUCUUCGCCAUGAUGAUUGCUCAAGAGCUUCGUCACCUGGAGCCGAUAAGGAGGGACAUGCUGAAACUCAGGUUGCUGGAAACGGUGUUGCAGGCCAAGCAUAACGUCAUGUUCGAGCGGUCAGCUUCUGCGGCCUUAAACCCGCAUGGUUGAUUGGUGACAGCGACCGUAACAUUUUUCGCUGCGUUAUUUACGGGGUCGAGACGCACUGUUUCGUAGAGCCAUUUUUGCGGUGAAGGAUUUUGUUUCUUAAUAAGAAAGCAUUAUAUGCCCCAUUACGCGAAAAUUUGUCGACGUGGCCUUCGAAGGUGGUACCGAAAAUGGCCGACGCCGCAGAUAGUAAGAAACAUGUCAUAGAAUGCUCGGAUUGACGUCACAGUUCUCGGGGAGGUUCCCGUAAACCUAGUAAAUUAAUGGAUCUGAAAAGCAAAUUUGAUAAGUUUCGGUCUGGGUGGAAGUCGAACCCGGCCUCCGAAGGGCGAGUCGAGCAGUCUUCCCCGACGCGUGCGUGCGUGCGUCAUUGCACACGUCACGUUUUAUUGCACUAGCGAGUGCAUGGACGCCGCAAGCGAAUUUUUGCCGUCGUGGUCAUACAUUUCACCAAAGGCACUAUAAUGCUUUCUCAUUCCAACACGUAAGCAAUCGUAAGCGUCUCUGCUGAUUCUUUUUUUCGUGUACUUUUGUAUAGUGUUGUAACUUGUUAACCACGAGACUGUCGGCAUGCACUGCAACAUAAUUCUUUUGUGCCAUUUUUUGAACAGUAUCAAUGUUGAGGGGACCAUGUUCUGACUAUAUAAAUAGUAUACGUGUACUUCCCCAUCUUGUAUUGAGGUUGAGUCCAGUCUAGGGUUCAACACGGGUUCGGCUUCCGUCUGUAUUAGCUGGAUGAGUCACCGGUGCUUUCCUUAUGAUCUCUAGCAGCGCAUGUUGGAAGGAAACGACAGCGCGUUACACAAAAUGGUAAAGACAAUUGCAAGCGCAAGCGUUGCAUUAGCCUCGUCUUCACGUGUUGCUAUUUCCUUCUAAUAUGCAAACCUAACUAGACCCAAUUCGUCCCUUGUCGCCGCAAUGCAGAUCUCGACUCUUCGUUUGAAAUGACAUAUUCAUACAUAGUACACACGCACACAACAUGCACGAGCACAAGCACAAACAAGUAACUAAAGUGUCAGGUUACAUUGUUGUUACUUAGUUCAAAAAGUAACUUGCGUAUUCUCCAACUGUACAGGCAGCCGGCACCAUUGCAAAUCAACAAAUGCACCACAGUACUGUUGAUCUUUAUUGAACCGUGCAGUAGUAUACGUAGCGCUACAUCUUAUAGUUCAUUGCACAGAGGCAAGUGGCAUGUUUUCUGACCGGCAAUGCAACCAUUUUCGUACUAAAGCUUUGGAGGACAAGCUUCCUUUCUACUCAUCUGGCAUGUCUCGGACUGCAGCUACCAGUGCUUCGGACCGAGCGUUCUAUGCCUAACUGCGGCCUAAACAGUAACUUGCUGCAUCGUUGCGGAGAAAAUGAGUUACUGUUCAUAUAGCUGCGGCGAUUCGCCAUAGUUAUUGGCCGUGACAUUUUAUACUGCACGCUGUUUUCGCUUUUCAAGCGUUUCCAAGGGACCUCUGGACUAGUGCUCACUGGACCUCUUUUACAUAGAAUGUGAGCGCUUGAGGAAUAACGACCUCCGACAUCUUGUCCAAGAAUACGUAUAUAUAUUCAUAAGACAUUGUGUUCUCUAGAUGCGAGGGGAUGAAAAGCCGCAAAAAUGUAAUGGCCCACUUUCGGGCCCAAAAUUGCGAUUUUUUUCCUCAGAUGCAAAGAGCGACAAAACACAAUCGUUUCAAAACAAUUUUAUUUACAACCAGGAAACACGCGUAAGUCGCUGAUUUCGGCAAACAUGCGUCGUAUUUUUUUUUUUUUUUUGCUUUUUGUCGCUUUAACACAUUCACUAACCGUUCAUCACGCAGCUGAUCGAACCAGCUACAAAAGUGCAAGCAAAAAAUCGCGUUAAGCACGGACAAUUAUCAAUUCGGUAAAUCAAAACAUGGUGCGGGUACGGGGCGCCUUGAAUGUUUAGUAAUCAUGAGAGAGUGGUUUGUACAAUGGCAUCUGAUGAAUAGCUUGACAUAACCCGUCGUUCUUUGGCACCUCUUCGAAAGAAAGUUGUAGACAUCAGCGGCCACGUACAAUUUCGCCAGACCAACAUAACGCGGGCGAAGUUUUGCUUUGUGUUCCGUUUGUACGUAGCAUAAAUCAUGACCAACGUGCCACACACUUGACAGUAAAGCAUUUUCGUUGCCAUGGAUAAAUACGGAUUCAUUGUUUGCGUUUAUUGUAUUUUUGUCUGUCACUAAAAUUGGCGCCAACCUUGAGUGAAGAGCUUCGAGCGUAGACGCUUCACCUGCGUUUGCGCCAGCCUGCUUUUGACAAGAAAUACAUAUUGUGGCUGAAAAGCAGCGGGCUUGAAAAGUUUCCGCAACAUGGUUCCUCCGGUUUUGAAUUCUUAAAUAAGCGCUCGAUUCCUCACAUCAUUAGUUUAGUUAUGUGUGGUAAAAGAAAAUUCAGCACAACAGUCACAGCGCAAAUGGCCGUUCAAAGUGCAGUUUAUGGCACUUGUGGCCACCACAGUGUAUUUGUUACGCAGGAUAAAUUGAUAAGGUGCGCUGGCAAAACUUACAAGGAAGACUAAUUGAACAAGCCUGAAAUCUUGGGCUUCAUUGCUAUAUUCACGGUUUAGCAAGAGCGUGGCAGGAAACGUGCAAAGCCUGCAGCAGUAAGGAAGGUUUGUGCCCUAAAUAGGUCUUGUACAUCUUAUGAAACAAGUGUGGUGUGUGUGGUAAGCAAGGGUAUCUCCUCAGGAAUAUUGUCUAGCGAAAAGUUUUUGUAUGUGCCUUGUAAUAACCAAGUGAUCGCCAAUCAAAUCCACGCCGCCGCAGCGCCCUCGCUGUCCGCCCUUUUUUCUUUUUCCUUGCGCUCACCGCACUCAAAACUAUGCGCAGCGGCCGUGCCGAACAGUGUUAAUCGGCAUGGCCAUGGAGAUUGUGUGGCACGAGCACUGUCGAUUUUGGAGGUUACAGAACUGGUGCUGUUAUAUCGAUUUCUGCCAGAAGAUGAUGCCACCAUGUAAUGAGUAAAAUUUAUAUUUGUUUCUAAUAAUUCGAAAGACCUGUUCUUGGAGGAGGCAAUGUUUGGCCAUGAUGUUUAAAGAAAUCCGUCCAGGAGCCGUUUGCUCUUGUGUCAGAGUAAACGAAAAAAAAAAACGCGCUCUUUUCUGUAUUGGACCAGAGUACUAACUGUAUAUGCUGUUGGUUCAAGUAUUUUGCGCCCAUUGCUUGAA